GUAAACCGAUACCUAGUGCUGGGAAAGCAAGUCAGAGACGUCUCGUGUAGUCAUGUGUUUGCUAAAGAUAUUAACUUUAUUUUUAUUCAUAUGUGCCGGUGUCCAGUAUGCUAACCCUCUGUCAUGGCUGCCCUGUACAUUCAGUGAAUAUAUUGUGCAUGUAAAUAGUGAAGGUGCGCGUGACAUUCAACUCCAUCAAAGAUCUGACAUUCUGCAAUUUGGUCAGCGGGGAGACAGUCCUGUUAACCCUCACGCCGUCACUUUCCUUGUCAUUGAAUCCAAAACAAACCUGUUGAGCUAUUUGAAGGACAUGGAAGCGGAUCAGGUGGAUUGUGGCAUUCGGAGAGCCGACACAGAGAGCGCCCACGUGAAAUGGCCGGGCCAGAAGUCUCAUGAGUGCAACUCUUGGUUCAGCAUCACCCUGACACACACCAAAGAUCUGUUCACUGUCUCUGGAAUCCUCAGACACCCAUGUGAGCCCCCACCCUCCGGACAGCAGGAUGUCCGCAAUUGGCCUGCGAUUGAGGAUGGACAGACGCUCAUUACUUCAGUUGCAGUGAUCAUGAAAACACAAACUCCAACAAUGACAUCAGGACUGGGGUUCCAAAAAAAGCUCCACUGCCAGUUUGCUGUUGACCACAAGAGACCAAACGUGAGCGUGCAGUGGUACCAGCAGUACCAUGGAGAACGACGCAAUCUCUUCAGUCAUGCCAGCCACACUCGGCAAAGUGAGGGAAGGGGAGUUGAACUGAGGAAUCUAGCAGGUGGUGACCUUUCUUACAUCCUCCCCUUCACUGAAGUCAAGCAUGCAGGGACAUACGUGUGCUUCGUGUCAGUAUUUCCGCUGUCUUCCAGCCUUCAUAUCAGGCUACAAAUUCAAGAGUCCCCCCAGGUGUCCCUCAAUGUUGCUCCCACUCUUACAUUGCAAGAAGGUGAGAUGAAGAAGGUGGUUUGUGAGGCAGAAAAUUACUACCCUCUGGACGUGCACAUAGUAUGGUAUGAGCAGGACCCGGCAACCUCCGGCCAGAGAGUUGGCACUCCUCUCCCGAAGGCGCUCGACAAUAUCCUGCUCUCCAGUCACAAAAACAACAUGGACAAGACCUUCUCGCUAUCGGGUUUCUUCUAUCUCCAGGCUUCGCUCAGACAAUCAGGGCAUCAGUUUACGUGCAAGGUCUCCCAUCAGUCUCUGCGAAUGCCCAUCAAGAAGAGUUUCAUUCUGAUAGUUGAAGAACCUACCAGCUGGUUCACACUCACUAUUUGCAGCAUUGUGGUCAUACUGCUGUCUGUCCUGUAUUUUAUGCUAAGAUACCUCCACCAAGCUAGAAAGUAUUCAUUGCAGAAAAAGCCAUACUGAUUGUACCUCAUGGACAGAGAAGAACACCCAGAAGCAGCCAAAUCUUUUUCCCCUCAUUUUACAAAAAAAAAACAACAAAAAAAGUUGCUGCAGGGGGAGAUUAUGGCUACAAAAAAAGGAAACACAAAACACAAUUGUGGAGUUAGUCCUUUAGUUUAGAUCAGUCAAAAUACAAUAGUUUAGUAGGCCUUAAGUGUGCUUCAAAAACAAGACAGGUUGUGUUCCAUCCAUCCAUCCAUCCAUUUUCUGAGCCGCUUCUCCUCACGAGGGUCGCGGGCGUGCUGGAGCCUAUCCCAGCUGUCAUCGGGCAGGGUACACCCUGAACUGGUUGCCAGCCAAUCGCAGGGCACAUACAAACAAACAACCAUCCGCACUCACAUUCACACUUACGGGCAAUUUAGAGUCUCCAAUUCAUGCAUGUUUUUGGGAUGUGGGAGGAAACCGGAGUGCCCGGAGAAAACCCACGCAGGCACGGGGAGAACAUGCAAACUCCACACAGGCGGGGCCGGGGAUUGAACCCGGGUCCUCAGAACUGUGAGGCUGACGCUCUAACCAGUCGCCCACUGUGCCGCAGUUUGUAUUCCUAAAAAGUAUAUUUAAUAUUUAUGUAAGCUACUGUAACAUUUACAGUUUGAACAUCAACACUGUCCUUAAAUUUAGAUGAUCACUGAGAUGAAGUCCCACAAGAAAUGCUGAAAAUAAUGUGAGAUUUGCUGACAUCUUGCAUGAUGUCACACACGAUGAUGCUUCAACCUCCAAGUUUUUGUACUGCUUUUGAGACCUUAGGUUUCCGAACUAUACAAUCUUUAGGGGCAUUUUACUUUGAAGGGUACACUUUAAUGACUCCCAUCUUAUUUGGAUUUUCUUUUGGCGUCUGUUGCGCAAAAACGAUUCUUUAAGUUUCCAUCUGUUCGUGACAACAAGCUGAAGCUCACUUGUGUUCAACAGCAGGACAACAAUCCAAAAUACACCAGCAAGUCAACUUGUGAAUGUUUUAAAAAAAAAAAAAAAAAAAAAAAAAAAAGUAGUCAAA